AUGAACAACGAGGGAAGCGAGCGCCGACGGUCCGCAACCUCGGUUGCGUCGAAGGCGCCCAUAUGCAGUGAAAAACUUGGCUGCCGUCGGGCCUGGCCUCUGGGUGGCGAUAGCGGCGUCGUCUCCGGCGGUGACGGCCUACUCCGCUGUCCGCACAAAGCUGGAAGGGCUACCCCAUCGGUCGGUCGCGUUUUGUUCGUCGGUGUUCAGCUGUUGUAUCCCACGCUAUACCGUCAGUAA